GUUAGUUUCAAGAAGGGUUACAAACCACCCGAAGAAGCAACCUUGUCCUCAGGAGUACGAUGGAUGUUGUCAAGCUGUUGGACGCAGUCCUAUCGAUACGUGACCCGCGAACCAAGGACUGGAUGAUACUGCAGAGUCCAAGCUUCAUCGCGGUGCUUGUCGGAAGCUAUUUGUACGUCGCCAAAGUAUGGGGCCCAUGCUACAUGAAGGACAAGAAGCCGUACGAGCUGAAGAAUGUCAUCCAGCUGUACAACCUGUUCCAGAUAGUGGCGAAUAUCUACUUUCUAACGACCUUCUUCUACCAUACCUUCUGGUCUGCGGGCUACAGCCUCUUCUGUCAAGGAUUGACGUACAGCACUGAUCCUCAUGCCAUGGCCCUCCUGGACGCCUACUAUUUGUACUUCUUCGUGAGGGUGGCCGAUUUUCUGGACACAUUCUUCUUCCUGGCCAAAAAGAAGUUUUCCCACGUCAGCGUUCUCCACGUGACCCAUCACGCCCUCGUUGUGUUCAACGGAUGGUUGUUCCUGCAGUUGGGUUCUGACGGGCAAGUUGUGUUUGGUGUUUGUCUCAACGCCUUCGUCCACAUUGUCAUGUACUCCUACUACUUCUUGGCCGCUCUCGGACCGUCCGUGCAGAAGUACCUGUGGUGGAAGAAGUACCUAACCAGGAUGCAGAUCACGCAGUUCGUUGUCAUAAUCAUUCACGCACUGAUUCCCGUGUUUCACGACUGCGGUUUCCCGUCGACUUACGUUUUUAUCGGAAUUACGCAAGUGUUCUUGAUCCUGCUCCUGUUCGUCAACUUCUACGUGCAGUCGUACACGAAGAAGCAGCCGGUCAAGGUACGUCCCAGUGACUUCAAGAAAGUGACCUUUGUUCAAGAAAGUGUAACUUCGAUGAUAAACAGGAAGUGCGUGAACAAAGAUCGCUGAAUAUUUGUAUCGUGAACUUUUGACGAUCUCCAGACCGUGUGCCGCCGUAUAUUUAUAAAAAGAGACACAGGAGGGCGGUCUAUGGUAUUCGUGAUUGUUACCCAUAGCCUUUUGUUCAAGAGGCAAGUCAUAUGUAUAUCAGUAUCUUCCUUUGUGGGUUGCAGAUAUCAUCCUGUAAAUAGCGUCAGUGAACACAG